AAUUUGGAAACGAAAAAACAUUUCUCAAUUUAAAAUAUUUGGAGGAGGAAGGAGUUUAUUUGAUUACCGAACUGAAAAUUGAUGCGAGGAGAUUUUUUAGAAAGUUGGAUAAAGAAUUAAGAUUACUUAAAAGGAGAAGAUUGGAAUUUGGUAAAUUUCAGGAUAGAAUUGAAAAG